CGCCGAACUCGACGCCUUCGCGCCUCGCGCUCCAUGCUCCGACCGACGACUGCUUAAACAGACGCACAGGCUGCCCAAAGUCGCAGCAGUCCGCGAUUAAAAAUCAACUCUGCCACGACCGACACGUACGUAACCACCGGCACCAUGCGGCGACGACGAUGUCCGCUCCUCGUCGCCGGCGUCCUCCUCCUCGUCCUCCUCCUCCUCCUCGUCCUUCUCCUCCCCACCGCCGUCCGCGGCACCGACACGGUCACGCUGGACUCGCCGCUCAAGGGGAACCGGACGCUGGUGUCCGCGGGGCGCGCCAAGUACGUGCUGGGCUUCUUCGCGCCGGACCCGGACGGCACGGCCGGGCGGACGCCGACGUACCUCGGGAUUUGGUUCAACGGCAUCCCCGACCGGACCGUCGUGUGGGUGGCCAACCGCGAGAGCCCCGUCCUGGGCGGCGUCGACGCCGCCGAGCUCACGGUCCUCGCCAACGGAAGCCUCGCCAUCGUCGUGGACGACGACCAGCCGCCGGGCGCCGUGGUCUGGGCGACGCCGCCAGGCACGACCAGCAGCGGCGGCGGUAACGCCACCGCGUACGCGCAGCUCCUGGAGAACGGCAACCUGGUGCUCCGCGUCCCGGGCGCCGGCGUGGUGUGGCAGAGCUUCGACUACCCGACCGACACGCUCCUUCCCGGCAUGAAGCUCGGCAUCGACUUCCGCACGGGGCUGGACCGGCGCAUGACCUCGUGGCGCGCGGCGGGGGACCCGUCGCCGGGGGACUACACCUUCCGCCUCGACCCGCGGGGGUCCCCGGAGCUCUUCCUGUCCCGCCGGUCGGCGCGGACCUACGGGAGCGGGCCGUGGAACGGGUACCAGUUCACGGGCGUGCCCAACCUCAAGUCCAACAGCCUCCUCACCUUCCGCUUCGUCUCCAACGCCGACGAGGCCUACUACAGCUACGGCGUCGUCGACGGCGCCAGCGCCGCCGUCACGACGCGCUUCGUGCUCAACUCGUCGGGGCAGAUCCAGCGGCUGAUGUGGAUCGACAUGACGCGGUCCUGGAGCGUCUUCUGGUCCUACCCGCUCGACGAGUGCGACGGCUACCGCGCCUGCGGCGCCUACGGCGUCUGCAGCGUCGAGCGCAACCCGGCGUGCGGCUGCGUCCCCGGAUUCGACCCGCGCUUCCCCGCCGAGUGGGCGCUCAGGGACGGCUCCGGUGGGUGCAGGCGACGCACCGAGCUCAACUGCACCGGCGGCGACGGCUUCGCCAUGCUCACCAACAUGAAGCUGCCGGAGUCGGCCAACGCCACGGUGGACAUGUCGCUCGGCCUCGACGAGUGCCGGCGGACCUGCCUCGGGAACUGCGCGUGCCGGGCCUACGCCAGCGCCAAUGUCAGCAGCCCCGGGGCGACGGGAUGCUUCAUGUGGACCGGCGACCUUCUCGACAUGAGGCAGUUUGGCAAUGGCGGACAGAAUCUCUUCGUCCGGCUUGCGGCGUCCGAUCUACCUGUCAGCUCUUCCUCAGCAGACACGGAUGCGCGAACGAAGAGGCUCGUCGAGAUCAUCGUCCCAUCGGUUGCUGCACCGCUGCUGCUCCUAGCUGGACUCUACAUUUGCGCCAUGAAGAUGAAAAAGCGCAGGAAGGAGAAGGAGGCUAUUCCCUUGGCGUUGCUGAGGAACGCGCAGAGGCAGGGCACACCGUUCGGACGAAGGAACCAGAUUGCUGCGUCGACUGAUGUUCAGGACGAUUCCCUGCAUGACGGCCAGCAGGGCAGUAGUAACCAGGACUGCGAUCUGCCGUCGUUCGACGUCGAGACGAUCAAGGGCGCCACGGGCAACUUCUCGGUUCACAACAAGAUCGGCCAGGGCGGAUUCGGCCCCGUCUACAUGGGAAAGCUGGACAAUGGGCAGGACAUCGCCGUGAAGAGGCUGUCGCGGCGGUCCACGCAGGGGCUCCGGGAGUUCAAGAACGAGGUGAAGCUGAUAGCCAAGCUGCAGCACAGGAACCUCGUCAGGCUUCUUGGCUGCUGCAUCGACGGGUCGGAGAGGAUGCUGGUCUACGAGUACAUGCACAACCGGAGCCUCAACACCUUCCUUUUCAAUGAAGAGAAGCAGUCGAUGCUGAGCUGGGAGAAACGGUUCAACAUCAUCAACGGCAUCGCGAGGGGGAUACUGUACCUUCACCAGGAUUCGGCGCUGAGGAUAAUCCACAGGGACCUCAAAGCAAGCAACAUCUUGCUGGACAAGGACAUGAACCCCAAGAUCUCCGACUUCGGCGUCGCCAGGAUUUUCGGCACCGAUCAGACCGCUGCCUACACCAAGAAAGUAGUCGGAACAUAUGGGUACAUGUCUCCUGAAUACGCCAUGGACGGAGUCUUCUCCAUGAAAUCCGACGUGUUCAGCUUCGGCGUCCUGGUGCUGGAGAUCGUCAGCGGGAAGAAGAACAGAGGGUUCUACCACACCGAGCUUGACCUCAACCUCCUCAGAUAUGCGUGGAGGCUGUGGAAGGACGGCGAGAGCCUGGAGUUCAUCGACCACUCCAUCGCGGAGACGUCCAACGCGGCGGAGGUGCUCAAGUGCAUCCAGAUCGGGCUGCUGUGCGUGCAGGAGCAGCCGAAGCGCAGGCCCACCAUGUCGGCGGUGACCACGAUGCUCACCUGCGAGAGCCCCACGCUGCCAGAGCCGUGCGAGCCGGCGUUCAGCACCGGCAGGAACCACAGCGACGACGACGAAGAAGAAGAAGAACCGGAGGUGAAGGCCUGCCGGUCUGACAGCGCCAGCAGCUGGACUGUAACCGUAGUUGAGGGUAGAUAGCGACGGAAGAUGGAAAGCCAUUGAUCGUUUCUGUUGCGAUGUAAAUAGAAUACCGAUAUCAAAUAUUUUAACUUGAACAUAAGUGGGAUUCAAUUAUUUGAGAGACUUUGUUCACUGUCCAGUGUUACGCGGAAACAAAACAAAUCAUCUGCCUGAA